ACACACGGCGGGGGCGGGGGACAGAUGCCGCAGUGCGUGCGCCGGGGCCCGAGCGCACAAACGCAAAGAGCGGGCGCGGUGCGCAGGGGCGGGCGCCCGGCGGGCUUGGCAUGCGCGCCCCCGCCUGGGGCUAUAAAAGCAUCGCCACCUGCUGCCACUAGCCAAGCCGCGCGUCCAGUUGCUUGGAGAAGCCCGUUCACAGCCUCCAGCUGCUGCUCGCUUCGACAUGGACCCUGAGACCUGCCCCUGCCCUUCUGGUGGCUCCUGCACCUGCGCGGACUCCUGCAAGUGCGAGGGUUGCAAAUGCACCUCCUGCAAGAAGAGCUGCUGCUCCUGCUGCCCUGCGGAGUGUGAGAAGUGUGCCAAGGACUGUGUGUGCAAAGGCGGAGAGGGGGCCGAGGCAGAGGCAGAGAAGUGCAGCUGCUGCGAGUGAGGAAGCACCCCUCCAUGUGGAGCACAUGGAGAUAGUGCCAGGUGGCUCAGUGCCACCUAUGCCUGUGGUGAGGUGUGGCUGGUAUCCCCUUCCCCUGCUGACCUUAGGGGAGUGGCAAUAAAUCCCAUGAACAGCAUGA